UAUUUUCUGAGAAAUAUAUACAAAAGGGAGGCCCCACUCGACCUGCCCCCAGAAACUGCAUUGCUGAAAUGAAGAAUUGCGAUGAAUGGAAACCUUUCCUAGCAAUGAUAGCUAUUGAUUUUUCUUUAACCAUGGUGAACAUCCUUCUCAAGCAAGUCCUCCAAAAAGGAAUGAACCAUUUGGUUUUUGUCACAUAUCGCCUGUCAGUUUCUACUAUAUUUUUAGCCCCCAUCAGCUACUUUAAGGAAAGAAAUAGAAGACCACGGCUCACAUUUCAAAUUUUAUGCUACCUUUUCUUCAGUGCCAUUAUUGGGGCAUCCGUCACACAAUACUUCUUCCUUUUGGGGAUCCAAUACACCUCAGCCACAUUUGCCUGUGCAUUUGUCAAUAUGGUGCCGGUGAUAACCUUCAUCAUGGCAUUGCCAUUUGGGCUAGAAACAGUGAACAUUAAAUGCUUGGGUGGGAAAGCGAAGAUUCUGGGCACAUUUGUGUGUGUAGGAGGGGCAUUAGUGUUGACACUUUACAGAGGAAAACCCUUGUUUGAUGUGUCUCACUAUAAAGCAACGGUUCCUCCGGUAGCCAUGAGAUCUGAAGGUGGUUCUAGUGGUAGAACAGCACAGAAAUGGAGCAUUGGUGUAAUAGCUUUGAUGAUGGGAACCCUGUUUUGGUCUUUUUGGUUUAUUCUACAGUCAAAGAUAGGGAAGAGGUAUCCUUGCCAGUAUUCUAGCACAGCCAUCAUGACCUUCUUUGGAGCCAUGCAAGCAGCUAUUCUUGGUUUGUCCACUGGCACCAACUUCUCCUCCUGGAUUCUCAAGGAUAAGAUGCAAAUAAUCACUGUUCUUUAUUCUGGGAUAGUUGGGUCAAGUAUGUGCUACGUGGGGAUGUCAUGGUGCGUGAAGAAGAGGGGUCCAGUCUUUACAGCAGCAUUCAGCCCUCUGGUUCAGAUAAUGUCGGGCAUGAUUGAUAUCCCAGUCUUGCACGAGCAGCUUCAUCUUGGAAGUGUGGUGGGCUCCGUCUUGGUCAUGAUCGGCUUGUACAUUCUCCUUUGGGGCAAAACCAAGGACAUAAUGCAGAAUACUGCCACUAAGUUGCUCCAAGAAACUCAGCAAACCAAGGAACAAGAACCACAAGUAUAAUUACGUCUGUGUCUAUAUAUAUAUAUAUAUUGUUGCUGUAAUCUCUCACGUAUAUGCUGCCACGCAAUGAAUCAAGUGGCACUACUUUAUGUUUAUCACUUCGGAUAAUUUCAACCAU